GUAGCGAGCGCGCGCUGAGAGAAAGGCGCGCAGCUUGCAUGCAGAAAGCAGCAGACGCAUGGAGCGCACACUCGAUUUAUGACAGCUGAGGUUUGAAGACGGGAAACGCUGCUGCUGCUGCAUUAAAUAUUAUUUGUACAUAUCUAAACAAUACAUUCGGAUUACAUUUGGAGACAGUGACCUGAAGCCAUGCACCCGUGUCUUUUCCCCGUGGAUUUUCGUGGGUUUUUACUCAUAUUUUCAAUAUUAUGCGGGGCUGUUGCUUUUAAUCUGGAUUUAGACAAACCAACGGUUUACAGUGGACCAGAGGGAAGUUAUUUCGGAUAUUCUCUGGACUUUUACCAGCCGACACAGAACAGAAAUGCCAUGUCUGUUCUGAUCGGGGCUCCUAAAGCAAACACCUCUCAGCCAGGGAUUGUGGAGGGAGGAGCAGUGUACUACUGCCCUUGGCCGGCAUCCGAUCCAGACUCAUGCCGCCAGAUCCCCUUUGAUAAAGCAAAUAACCGGAUGAUUAAAAUGAAUGGCACACGGGAGCCUCUAGAGUUUAAAUCCUAUCAGUGGUUCGGAGCUACAGUCAGGACCCACAAAGGCAAAGUGGUGGCAUGUGCUCCACUCUAUCACUGGAGGACAGUGAAGGUCAGCAGUGAGAUGGAUCCAGUGGGAACAUGUUAUGUGGCUGUUCAGAACUUCAGUGCCUAUGCUGAAUAUUCACCUUGUAGAACAAAUAACCCGGACCCUGAGGGCCAGGGCUUUUGCCAGGCGGGCUUUAGCGUUGAUUUCACCAAGGAGGGGACGCUGGUUGUGGGUGGACCAGGUAGCUUUUACUGGCAAGGUCAAGUGAUCACUGCAGGAGUUGCAGAAAUAUUGAACGGAUAUUCCUUAAAAGCUAUCAUACGCAAAGUUCAGGGAGAGAAACAGACGGUGGCCGCAUCAGACGCGUAUGAUGACAGUUACUUAGGAUACUCUGUAGCGGUCGGAGAGUUCACGGGUGACUCAAAACAAGAAUUGGUAGCAGGGGUACCACGAGGGGCACAGAACUUUGGUUAUGUGGCUGUCAUCAAUGCAACAAAUCUGACAUUUAUUCAGAAUUUUACUGGAGAACAGAUGGCUUCGUAUUUUGGAUACACUGUUGCAGUGACUGAUCUAAAUGGAGACGGGCUAGAUGACGUGUUGGUCGGAGCCCCGCUCUACAUGGACCGUGAGUUUGAGAGUAAACCUCGUGAGGUGGGUCGGGUGUACUUGUACCUGCAGGAGGAUGCACUUCUGUUCUCUCCUCCCAUCACACUCACUGGAAGACACCUGUUCGGCCGCUUCGGAAGUGCCAUCGCCCCUCUCGGAGAUCUUAAUCAGGAUGGCUACCUCGAUGUGGCAAUAGGGGCUCCGUUCGCCGGGGAGGAUCGUAGCGGUCGGGUCUUUAUCUACAAUGGUCAGAAGUCUGGUCUGAUGCUGGAGGAAUCUCAAGUGCUGAAAGGUGCCUGGGCCUCAUCUGCCAUCCCAGCAGGCUUUGGGUUCACCCUGCGUGGAGAUUCAGACCUAGAUAACAACCAGUACCCUGAUCUGUUGGUCGGUGCUUUUGGUGUGAGUAAAGUUGUGGCUUACAGGUCACGACCGGUGGUCAGAGUGGACGCUCAGCUGAUUUUGACACCCAGAAUUCUUAACCCCGAAGACAAAUCCUGCCGCAUGCCCAAUUCUGAUGACAUGGUCACCUGUCUAUCAGUAAAUGUGUGUGCUACGAUCUCUGGGAUUGGAAUUCCUGAUUAUGUAGCUUUGAGAAUGGACCUGCAGUUGGAUUGGCUGAAGCAGCGUGGAGCAGUGAAGAGAAUCUUGUUCAUGGACUCUCACCUGCAUCACCGAACCCAAAACCUUGUCCUGGGUCAAGGGGACCGGCAACAUUGCCACAACUACUCAGUUUAUCUAAGGGAUGAAGGCGAGUUUAGGGAUAAACUGAGUCCCAUAAGCGUGGCAUUGAACUACAGUCUGGAUCAGAACUCCUCUCCCCCUGGAUUACAGCUGCGGCCCAUUUUGGAUUACUACAGCAAGACCUUCCACCACGAGCAGGCAAACAUCCUGUUGGACUGUGGGGAAGACAACAUGUGCAUCCCAGAUCUCAAACUUUCUGCUACAAUGGACCGAACAGAACUUAUAAUCGGGGAUGACAACUUGCUUAUGUUAACCAUAAAUGCAGCUAAUGAGGGUGAGGGCGCGUAUGAGGCGGAGCUUCACGUGACCCUCCCACCAGAGGCGGACUAUAUCGGUGUGGAGCGCAGACGUGAGGAUCUUCAAAGGCUGAACUGUGAGCACAGGACCGAAAAUGAGACCAGAGUUGUGGUGUGUGACCUGGGAAAUCCUAUGGUGGCUGAUACAAGCUUGUCGGUUGGUUUGCGUUUCUCUGUGCAGAGGUUGGAAGAUGCCCCUCCCACCAUUGGUUUUGAAUUGCAGAUACACAGCUCUAAUAAGGAUAACUCAAAAAGUGUCCCGGUGAAUUUGACUUUAAGCAUUGUAGCAAAAGCAGAGGUGGAGAUCAGAGGUGUGUCCCACCCAGCUCAGGUUGUUCUACCUUUCCCUCGAUGGGAACCCAAGGAGAAACCUGUGAGAGAGGAUGAUGUUGGCCCUCAGGUCCAACACAUAUAUGAGUUACAUAAUAAGGGUCCAAGCGCAAUAAGCAGGACAGUGUUAAAGGUUGGCUGGCCCAGUCAGUACCGUAAAGAGCAUCUCCUGUAUGCCCUUCAGAUCAUUACUGAUGGACCUGUUCACUGUAGUGUCAAUGGCUCCCUCAACCCACUGGAGUUAGAGACGUCCACACUACAGGACACUCCAGAAUUACUGGGAUUUCUGAGGAACAGCAGCGGUCCGACACGCCACAGACGAUCUGUUUCUACGGCUCAGAGCUACAAAAGCAAGAUCCUGAACUGCUCUAAUGUCAUUUGCCUAAUGGUGGAGUGCAUUGUGGAUCGUUUGGAUCGAGGGCAAAGUGCAGUGAUCAAAUUCAGAUCUCGACUUUGGGCUCACACAUUCUUGCAGAGACAGAAUGACCACUACACGCUGAACUCAACAGUGUCUUACCAAGUGACAGACAUGCCGUAUCGGAUCAAAGUGCAUACACUUCCACAACAGAGCAAAUCAAUCGGAACCUUUGUGGUGUGGGCGAUUCCUGACGUUUCCUUUGCCAUUCCCUUGUGGGUGAUUAUUCUGGCUAUACUACUGGGACUGCUGGUGCUCGCUGUGCUCAGCUUAGCAAUGUGGAAGUGCGGAUUCUUUGAUCGGGCACGGCCGCCCAAAGACGAUGACAUUUCUGACCGAGAGCAGCUGACUGCAGAGAAAUCUACAGAGGCAUGACAGAAGAUUAUAUGAGAAAUGAUGUUAAACAGACCAUGGGAGGAAUGACCAUGAAGAUGAUGGAGCUGUGUGAGGGUUUUUGGCAUCUUUGUUAAAGACUACAGAUCCUCCAAAUGAACUACAGCUCCCACACUGGACUGCAGUCUCUGUGAGCUGGGCCACAGUACCAUUCAAAAACAUUCCUCAAGCUUUAUUUAAACAGAGAAAGAGCUCAGAACUUUGCACUUUGAUCGAGUUGCAAUAUCCACAGGAUCCAAAGAGCCACAUGGCUCGAUACUAGUACAAGACUAGGAGGCUAAACAAUGCAAUCUCAAUGUAAAGAACAAUAGUGAGAUUUACUGUCUGAUCAACUCCAUGUUCUUCCUUGAAGAGAGGGCUGUGAUGAAACAGGUGUAUAAGUAUAAAUAUACAUUAGCAAGAAACGCAAGAUCAUAUGAUCUCAUUAUUCAGCACAAGUUCAUUUAACACAUCACAUUGACAACAUACACACUUCAGCUAUAUACAGUUGUCACUCCACAAAUUCUGUUCAGUACUCAAAGUGUUUGAUUAUAUAUGGGAGCAACAACCAACAUUGAAUUUCACAUUAACAUUAAACAUUAUAUUUGCAAAUUGUUCAGAACUAAACUGAACUGAACUAAUUCAGGAUAACUGAAUGUUGAAUAUAAAUAUGACAAUCAUGAAGAUGUAGUAGUGAAUUGUGUGGUCUGUGGCUGACUAAGUUAUUGUAGGUCUUAGCAAAUCUUUUUCCUUUGCAAAGCUUGUCUGUUGCAUCACAGGCCUUUAGUUUCACAGCAUUUCUCUCACAUUUCUACGUGCAUUUAGCCAAUGAUGUAUGGAUUACAUAUUGAAGCACAUAAAGAAUUGCUUAACAAGUACAAAGAUGCAAGGGGAUGAAUGAAUAGAUAUAAAUAUGUGCAAUAUUGGGAAUUUGUUAAUUUGUGUGUACACUGGCUCCAAAAUGUUUGAACCUGAAUUUUGGGUUGUUUUGUAUAUAAAGUUAAAAUAUCUUUUUGUCAGACUGAUGGACUGACAGAUCAUUUUUUGAAUAAAUGAAAUAACAAUGUUUUGUCUUUUAAUGCUUUAAAUCCAUAGCUAGAUACUGUGUGUUAGAUGCAGCUAAAUUAAUGUCUUUCAGGCUGCUGUUCAAAAAUAUAGUAUUCAUUUAAAUGACAAAACAAACAUUCUUUUACUGGUUUAAUAUGGAUGUUUACCUCAACCAAGGCCAACAAAUGCCUUUCAGUAUAUACACAUGGACUUAUAAUAUAAGAACUGUUAGAAAAUCCCAAACUCAUAAUGAAAACAAGUUAUAUGGCAACCAAUCUUGCCAUUAAUUGUGCUCUGGAAGGACAUGAUCAAUGUUUUAAUGUAUGAAUGAUGUGUAACCCUGUCUACUUUGUUAACACAGAUCUGAAAUUAAAAAUGAA